AUGUAUAUAUGGAACACUAUAUCAAUAGUUACAGAUUAUAAUAAAGUUGACGAUAUUCAGAUAUGGAGCAAUACAGAAGGUGAUAGCAAGUUAGGUGCAAACGCGUUGAAGUCCAAUGACAGUUUUAGAGUCAUAAGUUACGUCAAAUGUGAAUUGAUACCCAUUUAUUUACUUAUUAGCAAACCUUUAAGGAUAUAUUCAAAUAACGAAAAGACAGCUGAGUUUUUUAAAAAGGAAUUAAUACAAUUUUCAGUCAAUUAUGACCACAUAGGACUAAUGAUAAAGAAUGAGACAGAUGAAAACUUAUUCCUAGUUUUAUAUGUGGAGAGUAAUUCAGGUGAUCUACAGAUAAAAUGUAUUGUUAUUGAUUUCAGCAUACUAGAAAAAGUGCAUCAAGCGAUUGAAAGCGACAAUAGUCCAAUAAAUACAAGUUCGUUUAUAAAUUUGGAGAGUUCCAUUAUCAUUCCGAAGUCUUCAAAUACAAGCAUAUUCGACAAAGUACUAUCUGGGAAAGGGCGGAGGCUGAAAUCGAACCUGUUUAUAAUGCCUAGCACAUCGAUUGCGAAGCGUCCUGCAACACAAUUAUCUUCUUCUGUCUUAACGACAAAUGACCAAAUAACUCAGGCAGUUAGCAAAGUCAUAUUAUCUGGUUUGAGGAUACGAGGGUUGAAUUUAAAUAGUACCAACCAGUCUACCAACGAAAAAAUUGCCAUAAAGGAGGUAUACAAGAUGACGUACAAGUCAACUAUGUUCUCGUUGCGAAAAUUCAACUAUGGGUUUAAUCAAGAGCUGCUGAAAUCUAGCAAAAAUGGCCAUGUGGAAUUAAAUGACAUUCAGGAUAUAGUUGAAAAGUUAUUGCAAGUAUUUGUGGACAUUGAUGAUCUAGUAUCAUCGAAUUCGACACCCAAGCCCUUUUAA